AUGGCCGAUUCGGCCAACGAUAAGGCAUGCGCCAACGCCGGACACUCGUAUAGACUGGACUUCGCACCUACACUGCCCUUCCACAAGGUGAAGCUGCUGGCUGCCCGGCGCAUCAUUUUUCUCGACGCUUUUCCACGAAACGCUUCACCAAAGUACCGAGUAAAAGUGGCUUGA